UUUUUUUUUUUUGUUGAAAAUGUUCAUUGCAACUAAAUAUUAAAUGUAUAUUCUUUUUUUUUUUUAUGGAAUAGAGAAUGCCUUUUGACCAAACCUACUGUAUUAAUACAACAUCAACAGCUAGUUAUUAUCCAAAAGUUAUGAAGCGAACAAAUUAUAGAAAAUUAAGAUCUCAAUCAGCUUCCAAAGCAAGAACAACAGCACAAAAGGAGUCUUCACCUUUUGAUAAUAUUAGUGAACGUAGUAAGAGUAAUAAUAGAUAUCAACUUAGGCAUUCUUCAAUUUCCCCUCCUAGUUCUCAACCAACUGAUGCAAAUGCGAGUUUUAUUUCAGUAUCAAGUGUAACGAAUGAGGAUUUUAAUACGGUACCAACAGAAAACUCUAACUUUACCUCACAACAAUCAUUAGAUAAUAAUUUAGAAGAUAUUCGUUCAAAUUUAAUCAUCAAUCUCUCGGAAAGUUCUCUCUCUCGGUCAUCAUCAGUUUCAUUAUCUAGAGGAGAUUCAUUUAUUGGUACGGAGUCAGUAAUUUCUACUAAUAGUAGAUCGCGUGCAUCAUCACCUUUUGUAAAUUCUGAAAUUUCUUCUGAUCGUAAUUCUGAAACCGCUUCGACAAAUCAUUCGAGAAGAUCAUCUAUUUUAUUUCAGCCUUUUAACUAUGAAGAAAAUUCUGAUGAUGACAAUAGUUCUGUUGUUAGGCCAUUAAAUAAUUCUAUACUAGGAGAAGAAUUAGAAACAUUUCCCACAAAUAUUGAUGAUGAUGGCACACAAGAAGUACGAAUGGAUGAAGAGGAGGAACAACAACAACAAAAUUUUAGUAUUAAUCGAGCGUUGAAUAGUAUUGGACUUGUUUUUUGGAAUAAGCUUAUUGGAACGAUUAUUUUAGCAAAAGAAUGGAUUAAAAGAUCUAUUAGAUCGGUACCUAGCCGAAUAUAUUCAUUUGUAUAUGAUAAUUGGCUUAUAAUAUUUACAGUGAUCUUUUGUUUUCUUUUAUAUAAUUAUUUUCCAUGUAAUGUGACAGAUUUAAAAAGUUUAGAAUUUGCAGAGUGUAUAACAAAAAUUAAUAAUGUGAUUCGACAAAUUAAUGUUGCCGAUUUAGCAGAUUCAUCGAUAUCACAUACUAUAAAUAACAAGGAUAAUAUUGAAACAUCGUCAUUUGAGGGUGAUAAUGAUGCAUUAAUUAGAGAUGUAGUUGCAGAUCAGGUAAAAACGGUAUGUGCAGCAGAAGUACAAAAAAGGAUUCCAACACAAAAUUAUGAUUUAACAACAAGAGAAGAUAUUGUUGUUGAUAUGGUACGACAAGAAAUUAGAAAAGCUGUAGAAGAAAUGUUAUAUACUUAUUCACAAGAUAAACUAAAUAAAGCGGAUUUUGCAUUAUCUUCGGGAGGGGCGAAAAUAAUUGUUCCAUUAACUUCACCAACGUAUGAGCAAUGGCCAACUUCAUGGUUUAAAUUAGCAAUAGCUAAAUUAACAGGUUCUGGAAUCACAAGAGGUAAACCACCGAUAACUGCAUUACAACCAGAAACACAUGUAGGACAAUGUUGGCCAUUCGCUGGACAACAAGGACAAUUAGCCGUAUUAUUGAGUAGAAGAAUAUAUGUUACCGCUAUAACUUAUGAUCAUGUUAGUAAGACGGUAGCGAUGGGGACGACGAGUGCUCCGAAAGAAUUCGAAGUUUGGGCUUUUAUUGAUGAUGACAAUGAUUCAAAUGAGAAAACAGAUCAGAAAAUGGAACAAAAAUCUGAUGAAAAUAUUGAUUACGUUACUAGUACAUUAAAGAAUAUUCCCAGUAAUCAACCAGGUUCAAACAUUCUUGAUUCAUCAUCAUCAUCAUCAUCAUCAUCAUCUAGUCUUUUACAUUCAUCUGGUAAAGAUUUAAAACUUGGAUCAUCUCCAAAUCAUUUAUUUUUGGGACGGUUUAUUUAUGAUAUAAAUGGUUUACCUAUUCAAACAUUUGAGGUGGAUAAAUGGAAUAAACCUGUACGAGCUAUUAUUAUGAAAAUAAAUAGUAAUUGGGAUAACCCGUCAUAUACUUGCUUAUAUCGAUUUCGUGUACAUGGUAGGCGUGCUGACGCAAAUCAAAAUUUUAGUACCGGGUGAAAAUUUCUACAGGUGGUUAAUCCUCAUUUAGAGAUAUUUCUCUUUAUGGAGAUGAUUGAUGUAAAAUUUUGUUUUUUUUUUUUUAAUAAAA